AUGGUGGCGGCGGCGGACGGGCGGCGGGGGGCCACCCCGCAGCGGCUGAAGAGAGGCCCCGGGCCAAGGCACUGCCCGGCGCUCCUGCGGCGGCGGCGGCGGCUGGAGGAGGAGGCGACGAGCGCGGAGAGCCGCCUGGAGCUGCAGAUCUUCCGCGAGUACGGGGAGAGCUGGUACCUCUCCCGCAAGGCGCUGGAGAGCCGCUUCCAGCCGCGGGAGCCGCUUGCCCGGCAGCCGCAGGUGACCGCGGAGGCGCGCUGCCGGCUGAUCAGCUGGCUCAUCCCCGUGCACCGCGAGCUGGGGUACUCCUUCGAGGCGCUCUGCCUGACCGUCAACAUCAUCGACCGUUUCCUCGACACCACCCCGGUGGCCGCCGACUGCUUCCAGCUGCUCGGGGCCACGGCGCUGCUCCUCGCCUGCAAGCAGGUGGAGAUGCACCCCCCCAGCGUCAAGCAGCUCCUCGCCCUCUGCUGCAACGCCUUCAGCGGGGAGCAACUCUGCAACCUGGAGUGCAUCGUCCUGCACAAGCUGGGUUUCAGCCUGGGCGCGCCCACCGUCUCCUUCUUCCUCGAGCAUUUCACCCGGGUGCGGCUGGAGGCUCCGGGCGCCGACUCCGGCGAAGCGGCGGACGCGGGGAGCCUGGCGUGGGGCGUAGCGGAAAUCAGCCUGGCCGACUACAACUUCACCAAGUACCCGCCGUCGCUGCUGGCCGCGGCCAGCCUGGGGCUGGCGGACCGGCUGCUCCGGCACCGCUGCCCGCUGGACCUGCGGGUCAGCGGAUACCGGCGGCGGGAGCUGCGGGAGUGCAUGGCUGAGCUGCGGCUGCUCGUGUCGCUCAACGCCGCGGCGCUGCCGCUCGUGCUGCCCGCGGAGGUGAUGCGGAAGUGCCUGUGGCUGAGGGACGGCGACUGACGGCGGGGCUGCGGGAGCCCCGCGCUGCGCGUGGCCUCUGGUCGGGAGGUGACCGUGUGUGGCACCGCGAGGAAUAUGCGCGUGGUCGCUCACUGAUCAGAGAUUGUUUUGUGUUUCUGCAUCCAGCGUGUAAAUAAUACACACAUACCCGGGUACCGCGUUAUUUAUUCGGGGGGCUGUCCGUAACGGCACCCGAGCGGGAGGAGAGCCCGAGAGAAGCGAAAUAAACUAUUCCUGU